AUGAAGACGGAAGAAAAAACGAACGUGCCACGUGUGCGGAUAGCGGUGCUCGGCAAUGUCAAUGUUGGAAAAUCUGCCCUCACCGUUCGCUAUUUAACACGACGGUUCAUAGGAGAGUACAGUUCGAACACCGACCUUCUCUACAAACAGACCGUGACGCUGGACAGUGGCGUGCUGGACGUGGAAAUCGUCGACAUAUCGGCCGAGAACGACAACGGUUUCCCGGUCGAGCAGAUCCAGUGGGCCGACGCUUGCCUUAUCGUGUACAGUAUUACCGAGCGGACCAGCUACGAGUACGCCAAGCGAUCGCUGGCCGAACUGCGCCAGCUGCAGAACGCGCCCUCGGCCUACCUGGUCGGCAACAAGCUCGAUCUGGAUCACUUGCGAGAGGUCCAGGAAACGGAAGGAGCAUCGCUGGCCGCUUCCCACGCGAUCGGCUUCUGUGAAGUGUCCGUCGCCGACAACUCACCCGCCCUCUACAAAGCCUUCGAGCGGCUGCUGGCCGAGUCACGCGCCCGCCCCGUCAAGCCACGCAAGUUUUCCGUCAGCAAAAUGUUUGGGACGCUGAUUGGAAACAAUGGUCCACGGCAACCGUCCGUGAACCAGGGCACGGUGGUACCUUGCCACAAGGGGGAGCUCCACAAGUCGCGUGUCAUGAAGCGACGCCAAGCCUUCACCGCGACCGCCUCCCUAUGACCGGCAUCAACCGCGGGUGAGGACAGCAACUAAAUCGCUUCCAAUUCGCGCUCUGUCACUAGUGCGGGUAAAUGGAGCGGAGGGCCCGAGGACAUCGCGCAGACAGGCUACCCGGAGAAGGGCAAACAAUUUGUGAUGAUAGUGAACUAGUGUCGGUUCCGGGUUGACGUGAUCACUGUGUUAUUUUAUAAGAAUCCUACACGGAUCGAUUGCUGUGCAA